CUGGAAUGUGUCAGGUUGCUUGUUCCUGGCAGCCUUCGGUCUAGUGACAACACAGGUCCUUUAUAACCUCAUCGCAGGUAUCUUGACAGCUUUCUUCCACCUUUCCUUCAAUGGCCAUUUGCUGAGGAGCUCAAGCCCCGCUCACUUACAUCGUUACUCAAUUCGCUUCCGCUUCCACCCUCAUGUCAUGGACCCCAAUGAUUAUUACGAUGUCAAACUACCCAAUAAGAACAGUCAAGAAGACUUCAAGCAGGACGUCUUCGCAAAGUUUGACGGUGCUGGAACGGACACGGGGUAUGGGACGAGUGUCAGCACCACAAACGAGGUGAAGGAAAAGGAUGACUUGGACGUAGUUUAUAGAUUGUACAGACGGCGGUUUGCUGGUCUGGUUGGCUUUGUAUUGUUGGGCGCUGUUACUGGAAUGACGUGGCCAUGGUUUGGGCCAAUCUCUACUGACACUGCCACCCAAUUUGGCAUAUCGUUAGACCAAGUGAAUUGGCUAGGCAAUAUUGUAUCUUGCAUAUAUCUACCGGUGUCGUUAUCAAUACCCGUCUUUUGCUCUAGAUAUGGGAUAAGGAGAUGUUGCGAAAUUGGUGUCGCAAUGCUCCUGAUUUCAGGUUGGAUACGUUAUGCCGGAACUAUAGGCACUUUGUCUCCGGAGAGCGCAUAUGCACUACUCAUUGUUGGCCAGCUUUUCUCAGCUAUUGCUCAACCGAUAUUCCAAGUCCUUGGGCCUAUUUAUUCAGAAAAGUGGUUCGAUUUGAGAGGUCGCACAACAGCCACCAUGAUUAUAGCUGUUGCGAACCCGGUAGGUGGGGCCUUGGGACAAGUAUUAUCGCCUAGCGUUGGCACUGCUCGACAGUCGAUUCUAGUACUAGCCAUCAUAUCAACCGCUGUGACUCCAGCAGUGUUUCUCAUCAACUCCUCUCCCGCAACACCACCAACGCAUGCGGGCUCUCAAAAACCACAAGAGAUGACAUCUCUGCUGAGAGCUAUGGUUGGCUUCAAAUGUCCCCCAGAAGCGCAUAUGACUUUACGCGAACGGAUUGACUUUAUGAUCGUAAUAAUUAUAUUUGGUGUGCUAGCAGGAAUGGCGAAUACAUUCUCUAUAUUAUCCGCCCAAUACAUGGAGCCUGCUGGGUAUUCGGCUGAUGUUAGUGGCUACAUGGGUGCCACUCUUCUUUUAAGUGGUUUAGUUGCUUCGAUCAUCUCUGCGCCUCUAUUCGAUCGUGUCCUAACGCAUCAACUCGCCCUGACUGUGAAAAUAUUGGUACCGAUUGUUGCUGGGUGUUGGUUAUCGCUGAUCUGGGCUGUCACGCCGAAUAACACUGCUGCACUGUUUGUAAUAAUGGCUCUCAUAGGCUGUUGCUCGAUCACUAUGUUACCCGUUGGGUUGGAACUUGGUUGCGAACUAACAAGGAAUGCCGAUGGAAGUUCUGCGCUCCUAUGGUGUUCCUGCAAUCUCUUUGCCAUCAUAUUCAUUUUAGUUGAAGGCGCUCUUCGUGACGGACCAGAUGCGAAUCCACCAUAUAAUAUGCAUAAAGCUUUCAUUUUCGGUGGCGCUUUUGUGACGACCAUUGGAUCACUUGUUUUCCUGCUCCGUGGAAAACAGGCCCGGAGAGUAUUAGACGAGCAGAAAAUUUCAGAAACUAAGAGGCAGCAAUAGAUCGUAUGUUUAUAUUUUUGCUUGACAUAUCCAUUAUCUAGUCUACCUUCCCUAUUGUACCGGAUCUACGCCGAUCGCAGUUAGAAUAUAUAACUGUCACCACAGGAAUUCCAUCGAUGAAAGAAAAAGAAAGCAAAACAUAGCACUGCGUGUGGUAUACAUGACAAACUUACAGAGUCCAUGCGAGAAAGGGCAGGAUGUCCGAACCGAAAGUGAUACAAAGUUGCCCUCCGGCAGGUCUAUUGAUACAAAGUGCUCAAGUGAAUUGGGCACUGAUUUUGCAUCGACGCCAACAUUUUGUCCUUACGAUGAUCGUCUAGCUUCGCGCAAGGCCCUAUCCACCUGUUCAGUGGCCAUUAGCCCUCCUUUUACUGCUCUGUGAAGUACCUCAACGACCCAAUCUUGACAAUUCCAUUCUGCGCCUGGAACUGGCACUUCAGCAGAGGAAGCGAUGUCCUCAAGCGCUUUGCGCUGUGCCAGAUUCAGAGUGGUAAUUGGUAUCACUUUCCUUUGCACGGGCUCAAACACUCGCGUGAUUGGUCCCCAAUUGCUGUAGUGACCAAAUUCCACUUCGCGCACGACCUGCAGAACCCUAUGGAUACGAUGCCCAUCUGACGACGAGCCUACAGUCCAUGAUAUAGACCAACGUUGGCGUUUCGCGUCAACGUGAUCACUGUUUACGAUCAGUUCAACAGGAAGAUCUUUGUGUGGAUCACGGAAGAGAUGUUCGAUGCCAACUGGGGGAAGGCGAUGGUCAAUUCUCCCCAUGUUGGGCAUGAUGGUGACCCACUCAGUGGACAUGGCGAGGGCGGGUAAUUAGCACUCACUGACAGGGUGUCCUUCUUGGGGCUUGUUGGGGCCAAGGGACAAAUCGGAGUGCCGCUGAGUUUGAAGCAGUUAUCUAGCCAUAUUUGCUGUAUUGCAUCCGACCCGCGUCACACCCAUUUUUGUUUAGACUCAUUCGCAGUGUUAUCCGACUAUGGGCCAGUGAGCUGCAUGUUCCCUCAAGUUCCCAGCGCCGGAACACACGUUUUGAAAAUGAUGAUACCUUGCCAAGUCGCCGCGUUAUACUCGUACGUCAAUGCAACGAUUCUGGACCCUUAUUCUUCGUAGAUAUUCAUACCUCCUCUAUUUGCUUCUUGAAUCCUUGAAAAUACUUGUUUCUAAAGUCUUUAUGGGCCGGGAUGUGACCACGUGGGACUUCGGCAGCUUGGAUGGCGACAUCCUGGCCUUCAACGAGAAAUGGUGAACCAUAAGUGCCCGCGGUACUUUUGCG